AUGUACGACGCAUGCGCAGUCUCAGGGGUUCUUGUUGUCAAAUCCCGGAAGAGCACAACCCGGGUCAUGUUGAAGUGGCUCUCUGGAGACGAGGGGACGCCCGGCUCUACGGGCUCCCCUCAACCCCCUCCCCCCUCCUCCCCCCUGGGGGCUCCUGUGGACGAGGUCUCGGAGCGCCUGAGUCACACAGAGCAGCUGGUGUCGCAGUUAAAGGAGUUGAUCCGAGAGAAAGACGCUGCUCUGAAGGUGAAAGAUGAACAGCUCAAGGCUGAGAAGGAGACGUGUGAGGCCAAACUGUCAAAACUGCGUCUGCAGAACAAAGCUAAAGUCACAUCUCUGAACUCUCAGCUGGAAGAGCUGAAGAAGAGUGGAGCACCAUCACCCACUCACAGCAAGAAGGGGGAGAGUGGGGAGCAGGCGGCUCGGGGGAAAGUGGUGCUGCUGAAGAAGAAGGUGGAGGAUCUGGAGCAGGCUCUGAGCCAGAGAGACCAGGAGCUCCUGGCCAAGAAAGAGGAGGUGGAGUCGUGGUUUCGUCGUGGGGAGGAGAUCGAUCAGAUGCUCGCGGAGAAGGACGUGAAGUUAGCGGAAAAAGAAGCUUACAUCGUGCACCUGCAGACAGCCAUGGGAGGAGAGCAGCCCACAGCGCCACCUACGGAGACGGAGGACAGUGGAUCCAUGGUGGACCUUCAGAACCUGGUGCAGAACUUGACCAAGAAGAUUGGAGAGAUGGAGGAGCGCUACAGCCUCCUCCAGGAGCAGACGGAGAGCUUCAAAGAGCUACUGUCCACGGAGCAGGAGGAGUUCACCAAAAAGGAGGAGAUGUACAAGCAGAACAUUCAGACGUUCAAAGACAUCCUCCUCCAGAAGGACCAGCAGCUGACGGAGAUGAACCAGAAGCACGAGCAGGAACUCUUCAGACUCGCAGCGAAGUCUGAUGCCAGCGCCGACCUGGAGCAGCUGCUGAAGGCCCUCAAACAGAAGCUCCACGAGAAAGAGGAGGUGCUUCUGGGUAAAAACCAGGUUGUAGAUGUUUUACAAGGAGAAGUGGACACGAGGGACGCUCAGAUCAAAGAGCUGAUGGAGCGUCUGAAGCGAAUGCAGGUGGAGCAGAAGAGUUUGGAAUCCAAAAUGGAGGCAGAGAGACAUGUGAUGAAAGCUCAGAUCAAAGACCUCAUGGACAAACACCAGAGCGAACUGAAGACGAUCCAACACCAGACCCAGGAGGAGAUCAGCCAGAGCCAGCAGGACCUGCAGAGGAGGCUGCUGGAGACCCAAGCCCCAGGCAGGCCUGAGGAGGGGCAGCCUGAGGUAGCGAGGCAUGAGGAGGCGCGGCCUGACAGGAACAUCGCUCAGCUGGAAGCCAAAGUGAAGGAGAAAAUGGAGGAGGCCACAAAGUCUGAGGCCAAGUUCCUGAAGAUCAAAGCAUGGUCCAAAUCCAGGAUCAAACAGCUGGAGGACGAGCUGAGGAAGAGCCAGGCCGGGUCUGUGUCUCUGGACCUCAGUUCUCUUCAGGCUCACGUCUCGGCUCUGGAAGCAGAACGGCAGGAAAACCAACACAAACUGGACCAAUACGAGGAGCUACGCACCAUCAACGAAAGGCUCAUGGCCAAACUGGUGGUGUACGAGGAGCAGCAGAGGAGUCUUCAGGCGGAUCUGGAACAGUUCACCAAGAGCGGCAUGUCACAGGUACCACAGGCAUAUCACAGGUACCACAGGUAUGUCACAGGUACCACAGGCAUGUCACAGGUACCACAGGUACCACAGGUAUGUCACAGGUACCACAGGCAUGUCACAGGUACCACAGGCAUGUCACAGGUACCACAGGCUUAUCACAGGUACCACAGGCAUGUCACAGGUACCACAGGUACCACAGGCAUGUCACAGGGGUGUCCGGAGUUACCUGGAGGAGUAUCAUGGCUGGCCUCUGGUCUCACCAAUCUGGGCGGCGGUGCUGGUCGACGAGCAGAGCUGCUGGAGUACGACGUCAUGCUCCCCUUCCGAGCAUUGAAGUAUUGGAGAGCCAGCUUGGAAGCUGCCAGCCCAUUCUUUGGUUCAUGUUCCUUCACCCACGUUCUCACCUCUCCCGGAAGAACACGAAGUAGCUGCUCCAGGAUGAUAGCCUCUCCUAUAUCCUCCUUGGUGUGUAGCUCCGGAUGGAUCCAGCGUCGAUAA